GGAGAAUUGUGUUGGUAGUCCAAGAGGAUUACUUUGUGGUAUCUUAACAGUUUUCCAACAGAAUCAUCUUUGACACUUUUGUAAAUCUUCUUCUGGAGGCCCUGCUCCUGUAAUUGGUUUCUGCAAAGGAAAGUUCUCCAUGAGAUUCCAGCCCUACGCGCCCAAUAGCACCUGAUCUCGGCGGGAGGAAGCGUACGAAAGGAAGAUGGCCAUCCACGCCGAGGGUCUCGUGGCCAUCGUGAUCUUCUACGUUAUGAUUCUGUGUGUGGGGAUCUGGGCCGCGUGGAAGAACAAGAACUCCGGUGUUGAAGGCGGCGGAGACCGGAGCGAGAGGAUCAUGGUCGGGGGAAGGGAUAUCGGAUUGUUCGUUGGUGGAUUCACAAUGACCGCCACUUGGGUGGGUGGGGGCUACAUCAAUGGGACAGCAGAGUAUGUCUACCUGCCAGACUACGGCCUGGCGUGGGCACAAGCACCUUUUGGUUACGCUCUCAGCCUCGUAGUAGGUGGGCUUUUCUUUGCCAAGCCCAUGCGCUCACGUGGAUAUGUGACCAUGCUGGAUCCCUUCCAGCAGCUUUAUGGAAAAAGGAUGGGUGGCCUGCUCUUCAUCCCCGCGCUCAUGGGGGAAAUCUUCUGGUCUGCAGCCAUUUUAUCUGCCCUGGGUGCCACUCUGAGUGUGAUCGUGGACAUAAACAUCAACAUGUCGGUGGUGAUCUCAGCCCUCAUAGCUAUCUUCUACACACUUGUUGGAGGACUCUACUCUGUUGCAUACACAGAUGUGGUCCAACUCUUCUGUAUCUUCCUGGGCUUGUGGAUCAGCGUGCCUUUUGCCCUGUCCAAUCCUGCCGUGUCGGACAUCACUGUCACAGCCAAGGAAAUAAUCCACCAGUCACCCUGGCUUGGGAAGAUUGAGCCUGAAGACAAAUGGCUCUGGGCAGACAACUUCUGUUUGUUGAUGUUGGGGGGGAUUCCCUGGCAGGUCUAUUUUCAACGGGUUCUUUCUGCCUCUUCAGCUACCUACGCCCAGGUCCUUUCCUUCCUCGCCGCCUUCGGCUGCUUGGUCAUGGCCGUCCCAUCUGUCCUCAUAGGAGCUAUAGGGGCAUCCACUGACUGGAACCAAACUACUUAUGGGUCCCUCCCUCCGAAGGAUAGGGAUGAAUCAGACAUGAUCCUUCCCAUAGUGCUUCAGCACCUCUGCCCGCCCUACGUCUCCUUCUUUGGUCUGGGGGCGGUGUCUGCUGCAGUCAUGUCAUCAGCAGAUUCAUCCAUUCUCUCAGCCAGCUCCAUGUUUGCCAGGAACAUCUAUCAGCUCACCUUUCGGCAGUCGGCCUCAGAUACUGAGAUUGUUUGGGUGAUGCGCUUCACCAUCUUUGUAUUCGGAGCGCUUGCCACUGCUAUGGCGUUGUUAACAGGAUCCGUGUAUGGCCUGUGGUACCUGAGCUCCGACUUGGUCUACGUCAUCAUCUUUCCCCAACUUCUCAGUGUGUUAUUCGUCAAGGGCACCAAUACGUAUGGCUCUGUGGCUGGCUAUAUCUUUGGUCUUUUGCUGCGCAUUGGGGGAGGGGAGCCCUACCUCAAACUACCUCCUUUCAUCUAUUACCCCGGUUGGGUGACCCAGGAGAGGAUCCACCACCAGAGGUUCCCGUUCAAGACUAUGUCCAUGUUGGCGUCCUUCCUGGCAAAUGUGGCCUUUUCUUACCUGACAAAGUACUUAUUUGAAAGCGGUUUGUGGUCAUAUAAGUACGACUUCUUGGAUGCUGUGGUGUCCAAGCAUAGCAAAGAGAUCAUGGACAAAGACACGCUGGUGAGCAACCAUGAUAACAUCAUUCUUUCAGAGAUGGCACCCGUCAAGCAGUCCCUGGGUGCGUCACUCGCUGGGACAUUCAUCAACUCUGAGAUCCUCAGUGACGAUGGGGCGUCCAGUCCAGAGGCUUUUCACAAUGAAAACUAGGCAACAAAGGCACAAAGAAAACUCCAACCAAGGAAUUUGAAGAAGAAGAAGGAAUAAUAUAAGAGGCAUCAAUAUUCUUCAGGAAACUUGCUACUGCCGCACUGGAAGCUAAAUCAACAGAAAUCUGCUUCCGAGUGACUCCACAAGUUUGUUUUAUGCUGAUUACAUGGUGCCUCCUUCUUUUUUAAGAUCCCUUGCAUAGAACCAGGAAGUUGACUGUUAAUCAGCUGUGUCAAGCAUACCUUACUCAUUUCUUCUUUUAAAUCAUUACUCUGUGAUUUUGCAACCAUUAAGAUAUUUUUAAUUUAACUGCUGAGACCGGAGAUCGGAGGGAUUUUCAGGGGGAAACAAAGAGUGACUGCAGUGGACAACAACGUCUACAGUGGUUUGUUGUGGGCAAUGAGAAUAGUGCAAUAUCUAACCAAGGAGUUGUGUCCACAUCUACAUAGCAGAGUGUGUUUGAGUGUGUUUGUGUGUGUGUGUGUGUGUGUGUGUAUGUGUGUGUGUGUGUGUGUGUGUUUGCGUAGAGUACAUUUAUUAAUAGAGCAAUAAUAUUAGUAGGAUCCAUGUUGUAUAGAUAAAUAUAUUUUACUGAAUUAGCAAGGUACCGUGAUUUUUCUUUACUGGAAGACUAGUAGAUAUUUCUUGUUUUAUAUUUCAUGUCCACCUAGCUCUUAAUCCUCCUGUCAUACUCGCUAAUUCCAGACCCAGUAAAUGUCAGAUUAAGAACCACAUGCCACUAUGAUAUUACCAAAAACUUGACUUGCCUAACAGAAGGUUGAUUUUGGAUGAUUCUGCAGAUUACGUUCAGUCAUACCAUUUUUUAACAUUCACUGCCAAAAUGUUUGAAAUGGAUAAAUCCUACAAUAUCCCUAUGUUGCAACUACAAUAUAUAUGGUUUAGGUAUAAUCAGAAUCCACUUGAUGAAUAUAAGUCCAAUAUUCACUCUCCUUGUAUCUCUGUUUUGGUCUCCACCAACUCCUGAGGUAAAUCUUUGGCUCUUUAGCUGCUAAAUACUCAACUAUGUUCACCAGCUAAUCACUAACUAUGGCAGGUAGUGUACAGUGGGUUGAUCAGUGAGUGUUUCGCUGUAAACAGAUGCCUCCAGGCACAUUAUACAUCCUCCACUCCCUUGAAACAUUUGCACUGGACGUAAUAUGUGUACUGCAGAAUCAUCAUGUAUGAAUGUAAUUCCAUGAGAGCCUCAGUUUACCAACAGACCACCAUGAUGUAAACAGAUUCAAACAUCCAAUCUAAACCUGGAUUCUUGAAUGUUUUUCUUGUGUACCUUUCAAGAAGCUAUUGGGUUUUAUUCAUUUCCAUUCGUACGGAAAUCAAUUUGCAAUCACCUUAUGAUUGUGUCGUACAUCUUUGAAAUAUCGUGCAUUUUACAACUACAUUAACACAUAACAAUGCUUGACAACAAUUAAAGCACAUAUGAUGUUCAUUUUGAAUUUCAUUUUUGUAUAUAAAUUAAUGGAAGCCAAUGGCAGCCUGAAAGUAUAAGUACUGAAAGUAUAACCCUUCACACGCACCAUACUUCAUUGAUAGAUUGUUUUUGUGAGUGUGUUGUGUGUGUGUGUGUGUGUGUGUGUGUGUGUGUGUGUGUGUGUGUGUGUGUGUGUGUAUGUGUGUGUGCCUAUGUUGUUGUUUUUGCUCAUCCUAAACCUGUAUUGACUGGCCAGCCACAGCAGGUUAGGGGAGACAGGAAAUGAUUGUUCCUCCCAGGAUGGUGUCAGAAGCUCCAGUCAUUAUCGAUCCAAUCCCCAGUCGAUUAGCCCCUCAGGACAUUUGAUUAAUGGUGCAAAGAGGUUUGAUCAUAUACAGUGCAGAAAGUUGAAGUGUUAUUACUGAUUCAGCAACGCUCACCUAUAAAUUCCCUUAGGUCAUUCACAUUUUCCCAGGUCUGGCUGUUUUAAACUACCAGGCACACUGCUGCUCUGUAUGACCAGGAUCAAGUAUAAGACAUGUCACUUCAUAUAGUGAUUGUUGUCAUUGUUACGUGUUACUAUUGUCCAGUUGACUUCUCUG